AUGCUUCGUCAUCUUUUCUUACUAUUAGGGUUACGGAUUCCAAGAUUUGUUAGACAAACGAAUUAUCAAGCUAAUGCUGGAACGUAUUUCUUGGAAGUAGCUGAUUUCAAUAAUGAUAGGAGCCUUGACAUUGUUGCCUCAAAUAAUGUCUCAGGAACCAUCAGUAUUUUCUAUAAUAAGGGUAAUGGCAGAUUUUAUUCUCAAAAGAUCUAUUCAACUGGCGGCAAAGGCUCAGACGUAGAUACUCUAACAGUUGCUGAUCUCAAUUGCGAUGGUUACGUCGACAUUAUUGCACCAAAUUAUGGUUUAGAUUACAUUGGUAUUUUCAAGAAUAAACGUGGUGGUACAUUUGCUCCUCAAGUGACUUUGUUCACUGGUGCUGGCUCAGGACCGAUAUCUGUGGACACCGCUUAUCUCAAUAAAGAUCGCUAUCCCGAUAUAGUUGUAGCAAAUAAUAAGGUAGAUAACAUCGGUGUUCUACUAAGCAAAGGUCCCGGCAUAUUUGAUUCUAUGGUAACCUAUUCAACUGGUCCUGGCUCAGCACCGAGAUCUUUAGUGCUAGCUGAUCUCAAUUGUGAUCAUAAAGAUGACGUUAUUGUUGCAAACCGCGGUGGAUCCAAUAUCGGUGUUUUGUUCAAUCAAGGUGGUGGCAAAUUCGGUUCUCUGACAACGUAUUCUACUGGUGCUGGAUCGUCACCGAGGGCUGUGGCAGUAGUCGACUUGAAUGGCGACGACAAACUCGAUGUUGUUUCUAUCAAUACCGGUACAAACAACAUAUAUAUUUUUUUCAAUUCAGGUGAUGGUACACUCAGGCUUACCAAGAUUCUUUCAACUGGUUUGGCACCGAGAGGUGUGGCAAUCGCAAAUAUCAAUAAUGAUAGAAAACCUGACAUUGUCUACGCAAAUAGCGGUGAUGACAACUUUGGUCUUUAUGAAAACAAAGGCUUUAGUAAAUUUGUUCCUCAAGGACCCUAUCCGAUUGGUUAUCACUCUGAACCAUACGGUAUAGCAGUAGGCGAUUUUAAUCACGAUGGAAGAAACGACAUUGCUACUGCAAACUUCGGUACAGCCAGUGUUAGUAUAUUCCUCAAUGCUGGCUAUUAA